CGUUGGCACUUAAUCAGUCAUUGGCACUAUUCUCAUAAACUACACAUUUUUAAGUUUUUAACGCUACUAGCUUUAGAAAUCUUGCAAUAGAUGGAAGCACCCGACUGCUACGUCUCGAGUAAACAUAACCUCCAGUCUGUUAGUUCUAAUAUGUCCGAAGCAAGUGUACGUGUUUGAACGUGUUGCAACUUAAGGGGAAAAACUAACAAUUUCCGUAAGCAUACGACUUUAUAUAACCAUUCAUAUUUCAAAUUAUUUCGAAAAUAACGUUUGUAGACUUUAUAUAUCUGAAAGUAAAGGGGUUGUUUAUUGAUUGUUUUAUUAUAAAUUACUAGGUAUGUUGCCAUUUUCGUUAAAUAAUUGAGGUGCCAACUACUAGGUUCUAAAAAUUGCAAAAUUCUAAUGAUUGUCACCCGUGCCAAUUAGUAGUUUAGUGCAUCUAUAUCAGACAUUCAAUAAUUGGCACUGUGCAGUUUUAAGUUUUUUUCUGACAAACCCAUGCUUUUUUUGAUGCUUUAGAUGCCGAAAGUUAAGUCGAAAUCAGCCUAUGUGAAAGGCUAUACAGAAGACUAUCUUCAAAAGGCUCUUACAGAAAUAAAAAAUGGCGAAUCAAAAAAAGCCGUUGCUAAAAGGUUUGGAAUACCAAGGUCCACAUUGCAAUUUAGGUUAGGGCCCCAUUUUUCUAAAAUUCGACCUGGACCACAACCCUACCUAACAGAUGAUGAAGAAAAAACUUUAGAGGAUUGGAUUUUGGAAAGCCACAGGAAAGGUUUCCCUAGAAGAAAGAUUGAUCUUCAAAUGUCUGUAAAAUAUUUCUUGGACAAUAAUAAGAGACCAAAUCCCUUUAAGGAUAAUAUACCAGGAUCACGAUGGUACCAAUCGUUUCUAAAGCGUCAUCCAUUACUAACCAGCCGUUCUUCAGAAGGUGUUACACCAGCGUCUGCUGCCGUCGCAGAAACAGAUAUCAGGAAGUGGUUUGCGGAUAUAGAAGAGUACCUGAAAACUAAACACUACUUCUCAAUUCUGGAAAAUCCCACCCGUGUUUACAAUGGAGACGAAACUUGUUUUCUGUUCAUACCAAAACUGGGCAAAGUCAUUGCUCCGAAAGGAACAAAAAAUGUUUAUGAGGUCGACCAAGGUAAUGCGAAACAAAAUCUGACUGUAAUGUUUACAUUUUGUGCAUCUGGAAAAAUUGUGCCCCCCUUAAUAAUAUACCCGAACAAAAGACUUCAUGCAAAUAUUACAAAGCAUGUACCUGAUGAAUGGGGAUUAGCGUGUAGUGAUAAUGGAUGGAUGAAAUCUGAAAUAUUUAUAGAUUACAUCAAAAACGUUUUUUAUCCUCAUUUAACGAAAGAGAAUAUUCAAUUUCCGGUCAUCCUGUUUUUAGAUGGACACAAAACCCAUUUAACCUUUGAAUUAAGCAAGCUAUGCUCCGAAUUGCAGAUUAUAUUAAUCAACUUGUACCCAAACUCUACUCGAAUUUUACAACCAGCAGACGUCUCCAACUUUAAACCGCUUAAAAAUUCAUGGAAACUAGGUGUUCUUAAAUGGCGCAGGGAAAAUCCGUAUUGUAAGUUAGGAAAGGAACAUUUUGCAAUAAUAUUAAAAAAAGCUAUUAGUGAGCUUAAAUCCGAAACAGUAAUCAAUGGUUUUAAAGCUUGUGGUUUAUAUCCUUGGAACCCUGAUUUAAUUGAUUUCUCUAAAUGUCUUGGUACAAACAAACACAUAAAUGAGCAUCCAGCUACGAAACCAACUUCUCAAAAAGCAAAUGAGUUGUCGUUUGAACAGCUGUGUAAAAUUUUAGGUCCUACCAAAACCGAAGCAAUAGAAAAUACCUUCUUAGGUGAUUGCAGUUGCUCAGAGAAAUGUGAAAACUUCGAAAUUUUAAGUAAAAUUUAUAGGUAUUUAAAACCAAUAUCACAACCAAAUGAUGAAUCUAACGCGGAAAAUAUUUUCGAAGAGUCUACCAUGGAAAUAGAUAUUUCCUAUGAUGGUUUGCAGUUAACAGAAGAAGAGCUGCUCGAUUUACCCAUUAUUUUUGCUGAUUCUGAGGAUUAUGGGCAAGAAAACCUUCACAAAAAAUCCCCACAAAGUCUAGAAGUUACGCAUAUAGACACAGUGAACCAGGAUGACACGUUUGUUGAAAUUAUAAACCAGACAAUCCAGGAAGACAAGUUCGUAGAUACUACUCACCCAGAGGAUAAGCUUGUAGACCCUACAAAACAAGAAACAGUAGAGCGAAGCAAACCCGAAAUAAAAGACUUCCUAGUGUAUCCAAAAACGCCAGUACGCACUGGAAAACGAGAAACACAAAGAUUGCCAUUCGUACUAACGUCCUCUACGUUUAAAAAGAUCCACGAAGAAAAAGAAAACAUUAAAAAAGAAAAGGAACGUAAGAAAGAGCAAAACAAAAUUAAAAGAUUAGAAAAACAAAAGGAAAAAUCUUUAAAGACCGACAAAACAAAGACUCAGAAAGGAACUCUAAAGGACAGAUUUUCAAAUAGAAACGUAAAACGAAUGGUUGAGAAUAUCAGUACACCAGAAGAAAAUUUAACUUGUUAUUAUCAACCUACUGCUAAUGUGAAUGCUAUUAUUGAAAACUUUGAAGAAGAUGAAUCAGAAACUAAAUCUGAUGAAGCUAAUCUUAAUAGUUGCGUCCUAAUAAAAAACAAUAUUAGUGUGAAGAAAG